AUAAUGGAGGGAAGGGUAUUGCCACUGAAUCAGAUGCCUAAAAAUCGCUGAGGCUCGUUCAUUUUUAAGUUCCGCAUGUAUUUUUCCAUUUUUAACAAAAUUUUUCAGUUUUGAAGAGAAAUUAUCAUCACUGUGUGUAGAGUGGGGGUGGGCUGGAAGGUAGGAUUUAAGAAGCGCUUCACUUACCCCAUGUUUAAUACACACGGACACUCCUUUCCCCCAAGGCGUUUGGGCUCAGAUCCGUAGAUAGUUAUUUCAAGGGAUGGUUCUUUGGCUGUUUGAGCUCAAUAAGCCGCGUUUAUCUCCCAGGGAUGAUUUUAUAAACCAUAUUUUAUCACACAUUCCCCACACGGCUGCGUGAAACCCAGAGCCCAGGGAUGUCCAGGAUGGGGACGCGCGUGGCCCCGGCGGUUGUGACGCGGAGACCGGGGGUCGCGAACCGCCACCCCCCUCCCGUCCCCAUGGCGUCUGCCUCCCGCGCCCCCGCGAAGCCCCCGCAGGUCCUGGUCCUCGACCCGCCGGCCGUCCUCAAGUUCAAAGGCCCCUUCACCGCGGUGGUCACCACGCAUCUCAAAUUGCGCAACCCGUCGUCGAGGACAGUGUGCUUCAAGGUGAAGAGCACCAGACCCCGCCGCUACUGCGUGCGGCCCACCAGCGGCGUCAUCGAGCCGGGCUGCACAGUGACGGUCGCCGCCAUGCUGCAGCCCUUCUGCCGCGACCCCAGCGGGGAGGGCACGCACAAAUUCAUGGUGCAGACAGUGUUUGCCCCCGCGGACCCUUCGAAUCUGGAGGCCGUGUGGAAGGAGGCAAGGCCCGGCGAACUCAUGGAUUCCAAACUGAGGUGUGUGUUUGAAAUGCCGAGAGAAAGUGACCAGGAGGAAGAAGUCUUGAGGUUCAGAAAGGCGGCGCACCCCAGCAGGCCGGAGCCCACCUCCUCCACCUCCCUGAAGCCGAACCGCACCACGCCUUUCCCCGUUGUCCUUCUCGUGAUCGGAGCAGUUUUCUUUGGAUUCUUUCUAGGGAAAUACCUCUUGUAGAGGGAGGCGAGCACGGCCGCGCUUCCUCUCACCCGACUUCCCGCUUAGACCAGAAGCAAGAUUUCUUUACCCACUGCCUCCUUGGUAGGAUGGCUCGCAGGGACGGCUUUGUGUGUGUACAGCGUCGCUUAGGCUUCGCCCCAAAUGAUCUUUCGUGGUUGAAGGACGCAAUAAACAAACAAACAAGCCAAAUAAGAAAUGUUGGGCUACUGGACAGGUUGCAUAUUAUCAGACCACCAUUUAGUCAGUUGCUCAUUCCGUGCGUGGUGAAAUUCAUCAAGAGGGGUUCUUUUGGUUUUAAUAAGAGUUCAAGAAUUGUUCAGUCUUGUAAAUGUUUAUUUUGUGAGUCUCUUUAGGUUUUUUUUUUUUCAAUCUGCUGAGUUACCUCUUGAAAUAUGAUUUAUUAAAAUUUGCUAACCCGCCCUUUCAGGAAAUGCCAAGAGGAGUUCAGUUGGGGGUGGGGUGAGGGAAUGGUAUCUUUUUCCACAUAUGCUAAUGUGGCAAAAAUUUCCCUGUCCCUUCUGAAGCAAUUUUUUGACUGAGUUUUUCACUCUUACAAAUCUGCCCCGUGGUAUUUGACUUAAAAAAAAAAAAAAAAGUUAACAGGUUCUUUUUGGGCAGCCCGCCGUGGUCUGUUGUGUCACUUGGGGCAGUUGGAAGAAAAGUAGGACUCUGAAAUUUACACUGCGUGAUUUUUGUUUGCAUUGAAGCCCUUCCACAUAGUUUAGUAUUUGUAAUUAAGACUCCCCACUUUAUGAAGGAAAGGAAUUGAUAGAAUUUCAAGCUAUUUUGAUAGUUUGAACAACCGGAAUUGAUUUGUUUUACAGAGAUCUAAAAUAAUCAAAUUCAACAAGAGUGCUGUAGUUGCCAUGACUUUGUGUGUGCGCCAUGCAGCUGCCUUGGGCUUAAGUGAUUCCAUUCCUGCCAGGUUUUUGUUGUUCUUUUGUUUUGUUUUCUUUUGUUUUAUUGCUUUGUUUUUCAUUGUCUUCUCCAGGAAGACUCACUGUCCUGGAUUUUGAAGUACUUAUUAGCUAACCUAAUACUUCUUAUUAUUUUAUGACAUAUUUCAUCAUAAUCACAGUUGAAAAUAGGGUGGCAUUUUUUUUUCCUGCCUACCUUAACAUCCAAAAUGGGUUUCCAUUAAGGAAAAGGACUUUUUCUUUGCAUAUCAAACUGUUAAUCAUGUAAAACACUGUUCAAUAUAAAUGUUCCCUCUGGGUUCAGAUAUUUUCUUGCAUUUGGCCUUAUGUCUUAUGUUAUCUUAUUCACACUAAGAAAAUUUUGGCAUCCGAGAAAAUAUGUCACGUUUUAAACUGAGGCUAGCCUAAUACAAGUGCUUUUUAUUCUUGUAUUUAGAUGUUGGUUUUGUAGAAGAUGUUCUGUGCCAGAAGGGAGAUUGCCUCUUUAGUUUUGAUGUGGUACAAUGAACAGGCCAGGUCUGUGAGCACAUUUUAUGUAAGAGUAAGAUGUAUCCAAGUAUUUUGGUUGUCUUUUCAUUUCAAAUGUGUUUGAGUUGGUCAGAUCGCAUGUGUUGUUAUUGUACUCUGCAGUGUCUUUUAUAAAGCCUCUUGCCUGUGUGGGGGGGUCCCUGAACAUUAUAUGCUACUGAAGGUUCUGUAACCAUCACUUUUGCUUCCUGUUACUGUCAGCUUCCUCCCCCAUAGCUGAAAACGCAUGAUUAAAAGAGUUGAAA